AUGGCCGCCGCGCACACCGGCUCCUGCGGCUGUCGGGCAGCGGUCCUGGCCGGGAAGUACCUGUCCGGCCCGGGCGUCCCGGUCCCGGUUCCGGUCCAGAGCUCUGGGCUGCGGCAGCGGAGGUUGCUGGCUCCGCAGCCCCGCAUGGUGAGCUCCGACGCGGCCGGGAAGCGAGGCCGAGCCGCGGCCGUGGCCCAGCAGGAGGUCCCGGGGAGCGGCUCCGCGGCGGAGCGACACCUCUUACCGGGGAACCGGAGCCUGAUCUACCGGGACGUGAAGGCUUUCCUCGGGGAGGUCGGCGGGGACCCGCGCGAGGCCCGGUACUGGCUCACCCAGUUCCAGCGGGCCGCCGCCGCGCAGUCCCCGGCCUUCGCGGUCCUGGAGGUGGAUAGCUCGGUGUUGGAAAGCAGGGACAUGGUGCAGAGUCUGGCCUUCGGUCUGUCCUUCCUGCAGCGGAUGGACAUGAAGCCCGUGGUGGUGAUGGGCUGGUCGACCUCUGAGGAGGCGGGGCCUGCUGAGGCAGACGCCGGGUCUUGGUGCAGCCGGGGCCUGGUGCAGCGGAGCCAGCAGCUGACGGAGGCGCUGCAGCAGCACUCAGCCUCCGUCCUGCCCUUCUUCUCCGCCGAGUCCUUCCUCCUGCAGCACCAAGCCCCACCAGGAAGCAGUGCUCCUCACCACGUCGCUGUGGACACCAGCCUCCUCCAGUGGACCCUGGACUGCGGGACAAUCCCCCUGGUGUGUCCCGUGGGGAGGGACGCCCGGGGCUGCUCGGUGAUGUUGGACCCGACAGAAGUGACGGCAGCCAUCUCUCGGGCCCUGCAGCCGCACAAGGUCAUGUUCCUGAACAGCUCAGGAGGCCUCCACAGCCACGACAGCAAGGUGCUGGCAGCUGUGUCGUUGCCUAGCGACCUGCCCAGUCUGUCCCUGGACGCGGGUCUGAGCGCCGCGGAGUGCCACCGGGUGGCGACCAUCGCCCGGCUGCUCCACCAGCUGCCGGCCGAGUCCUCGGCUGUGAUCACCUCCGCCAGCACGAUGCUGACGGAGCUGUUCAGCCACCGAGGGUCCGGGACGCUCUUUAAAAACGGAGACCCCAUCCACCGGUACAGCUCACUCGAUGGGAUUGAUGUGGAGCGUCUGAUGCUUCUCAUCAACAAGUCUUUUGAUAAAACUCUGAGGGGAGAAUACAUCGAGUCACUGAAGGGUCGACUGCACUCGGUCUACCUUUCUGAAGGCUACAGCGCCGCAGCCAUCAUCACCAUGGAGCCGGUGAACAGUGGCACGCCCUACCUGGACAAGUUCGUGGUGAGCAGCAGCAAACAGGGCCAGGGCACCAGCCACGUGCUGUGGGAGAGAAUCAGGCAGGACCUGGGCAAACUGUUCUGGAGGUCGAGAGCCACAAACAGGAUCAACCCGUGGUACUUCAAACAUUGUGACGGCAGCUUUGUGAACGGGCUGUGGACCGUCUUCUGGUUCGGCCUGAGGGACAUCAGAGAUUCCUACGAGCUGGUGGAGUACGUCAAGAAGCUUCCUGACUCGUUCCACGAUGACUCCUCCUCUCUCAACAUCGGCGAGCAGCUCCCUCCACCGGCUGCAGGAUCCUGA